CCCAACGUAACCCCAAGGGGCGCUGUUGAGAUGUUGCAAGGCUUUACUUGAACAAUUUUUUUUUUCUUUUUUUUUUAAUAUUUAUAAACUUUACCCAAUUCAGCCACACAGUAAGUAUGUGAGAGUUAAACACUGAGGACACAAAGAGGAACCAUAUCAGGGACCAGCAGGUGCUCGAAAUGGCCCAGCAGCUAAACAAUGAAGAAGGGACCAUAUUGGUUUCCCCACAAAAAGCAGCCGAAGAGCCACGGCAUUCAAUGAUAUCUGCGUCUUUUAAUUUUAUCAAUUCCAUCAUAGGAUCUGGAAUAAUAGGUUUACCAUAUGCAUUGAACCAGGCAGGGCUCCCCUUUGGCCUUCUUCUGUUGAUAGUUGUUGGGUUCAUCACAGAUUAUUCAAUCAUCUUGCUGAUUAAAGGAGGCAACCUGUCACAGACUAACAGUUAUCAGUCAUUGGUGCAAAAGACAUUUGGGUUUCCUGGGUUUCUGAUUUUAUCUGCACUUCAGUUCCUUUAUCCAUUCAUUGCUAUGAUUAGCUACAACAUCACAACUGGUGACACACUGACCAAAGUGUUUCAGAGAAUACCAGGAGUUGGUCCAGAUCACAUACUCGCCGAGCGUCACUUUGUCAUCUUGCUAUCGACCCUCGCAUUCACACUGCCGCUCUCACUUUAUCGAAAUAUCGAGAAACUUGGGAGGGUGUCCCUCCUGUCAAUGGUGCUGACAUUCACCAUCCUCAUCAUUGUUAUCAUCAGAGCAGCUACCUUUGGACCCCAAAUCCUCCCCACAGAGAAUGCAUGGGCAUUUGCAAAGUGGAACGCAAUUCAGGCAGUGGGUGUGAUGUCUUUUGCUUUUAUAUGCCACCACAACAGCUUUCUUAUAUAUGGUUCUUUGGAGCAGCCGACACUCACUAACUGGACUCGGGUCACCCACGUGUCUGUAGGCUCUGCACUAAUCAUCAGUGCUGCAUUUGCUGUCGCUGGCUACACCACCUUCACUGGCUACACACAAGGAGACAUAUUUGAGAACUACUGCAGAGAUGAUAACCUGGCAACAUUUGGUCGCUUCUGUUUUGGCUUCAGCAUAAUAACCACAUUUCCACUGGAGUGUUUUGUUACACGAGAGGUGUUAUCCAAUGUCAUUUGCAGUAGGGAUCUUUCAAAAGCUGAGCAUGUCGCCAUAACAGUGCUCAUAGUUGCAGUUUGCACAUCAAUAUCUUUGGCUUACGACUGUCUGGGAGUUGUUCUGGAGCUGAAUGGUGUUCUGAGUGCCACACCUCUGAUCUUCAUCAUUCCAUCUGCGUGCUUCCUCAAACUCUCCCCUGGACGCUGGUUCCAGGGUGAAAACUUGAUACCCACCAUUUUGAUAAUAACUGGCUUCUUUGUUAUGAUCACUGGUUUGACCAUGACAGGUCUCUACCCUCAAGACUGCUCACACGGUGUGGAGAUGUUCUACUGUGCAGAUGCCAAUAUCUCUGGCACUGUGCCACCUGUAUGA